AUGAGUUACCAACAGUCGGACAUGUAUCACGAUCCCUCCGCACGUUCCCCUGGCUCCCAGCGGCAUCAACAACCCCUGCACCGUCAGCCCUCCCGCCAGUUUGACGCCUACGGCCCCAUGCCUGUCAACCUCUACGAGGACCAGAUGGCCCGCUACGAGUCGGCCCGCCUCGAGCGUCUGAACCCCUCGCUGCAAAAUAAUGCCUCCUACGGCUAUGACCUGUCCGGCUCGCAGACUUGGAACCCGAAUGGCUUCGCCAACGCUCAGUCCCUGGGUGGGAUUCGGUCGGCCUCGGCCAGUUUGAAGCCUUCCGCCCGUGGACGGACCGGACUGCCUACGACCUGGCUCGAUCAGCAGCCCGGCAUGCCCAACGCUUUCUCCAACCUGGGCCCUGGCCCCAUCCAGAGCAGCGCGAUGCGGCCGGAAGCAUCGGCUUCGUCAGAGGGCGAUGACGAACUCAUCCCAACGGCCAUCGUCAUCAAGAACAUCCCAUUUGCCGUCAAGAAGGAGCAGCUGGUGCAACUAAUGACGGAGCUGAACCUGCCUCUUCCCUACGCCUUCAACUACCACUUUGACAACGGCGUGUUCCGUGGAUUGGCCUUUGCCAAUUUCACCUCGGCGGAGGAGACCGCCACCGUGAUCGAGGUCCUGAAUCAUUUUGAACUUCAGGGGCGGAAACUGCGCGUGGAGUACAAGAAGAUGUUGCCCCUGCAGGAGCGGGAACGAAUCGAACGGGAGAAGCGUGAGCGCCGCGGCCAGCUGGAAGAACAGCACCGGCCCAUGGCCUCUUCGCAGCUGCAGACGCAGAGUUCCAUGUCCUCGCUGACUUCGCACAUCCCGGCCACCUCGCCCUCGCCCGUUUCGCAACGCGGUCAGAAGCUGGGUAAGUCAAUCAGGCACUUCCCGACAUCCGACAGUGACCUGGUUGCUCAUCAACACGAACAAGUAGAGGUGGAUUUGAACGACAGCCAGACUCUUUCUUAUUACUCCCAACUCCUCCUGUUCAAGGAAGACACCGCCCGCGACUCCGUCAUCUUCCCACCCAAUCUGACCCCUUCCCAGCGACGCACGGUUCACACCCUGGCUCAUAAUAUGGGGUUGGCCCAUGCCUCCCGCGGCAAUGGCGAUCAGCGCCAGGUCCAGGUCUUCAAGGUAGCUGCGGGCACCAAUGCUGGCGAUAGCGCCCGCCGCGGACUCAAUCGUGCGGCCACCAUUGAUUUCAGCGAGGCCCGCAACGAGGGCGGCCCGGGUGCCUUCAACACGCUGCGUGGCCAGACCUCCAGUUUCCUAGGUGUGAUGGACUCUCCGGGCAACUUUGCCAACACCCAGAACCUGCGGGCCGCCAAGUCCUUCGCCGACCUGCGGUCGUACACGCCAUCCCCCGUCCCUUCCUCCGCCAGCUUCCCUGCCGCUCUGCAGUCCAACGGAACCCGGCUCCAGUACGAAGGCGCCCCGACCGCCACUUCGAACACCCCGACCCUCACCUCGGCACCCUCCGGCUCUUCCCUCGGUAUGCAGCGUGAUGAUAACCUGCUUGUAAACAGCCUUGGCGGACUGUCUCUUGGAACCGGCAUCGGAGGUCCGAACUCCAGCCCUCGGCGAUUGCGUGGUAUGUUCUCUUGGGAGCAGGAUAGCCAACCCUCGGCGGCCGGCACCAUUGGUAGCAACCGUGGCAUGGGAGUGGGUUUUGACAAUGCCCAGCAAGAGCGCAUGCCGAUCCGACAGCCCCGUGGCCCGACUCCCGAGAAGGGCACCGGCUUCCGCCGCCAGAACGGGCACCAGGCCCGUGGCAGUGAUGAGCUGCGUGCCACCUCGGGCGUCGAGAUCAUCGUGGAGUAG